AAUCUUCACCAAACGAUGUCAUCUCUGACCACCCUGGAUAUUAUCGUCAUCAUCUGUUAUUUUGCCGUCGUAUUGUGCGCUGCUUUCGUGGCACUAUGGGUAACCAACAGGAGUACCGUCAACGGAUACUUUUUGGCGGGAAGAUUCAUGACGUGGAUCCCGGUUGGAGCAUCUCUCUUCGGCAGCAACAUUGGCAGUCAACAUUUCGUUGGUCUAGCUGCCGAUGCAGCCAAAAGUGGCAUAUCUCCCGCUGCUUUUGAAUUAAAUGCCCUCAGCUUGUUGCAGCUAAUGGGAUAUCUCUUCAUCCCAGUCUUCAUUGCAUCAGGGGUAUGUACCCUACCCGAAUUUAUGAUGAAGAGGUUUGGUGGUCAAAGGAUUCGGGUAUACCUGGCUUGUCUGUCGAUUACUGUCUACGUGAUCGCUAGAGUGUCGGUGGAUCUAUAUGCUGGUUCACUGUUUCUGCAACAGGCAUUGGGAUGGAACCGGUAUUACUCUAUUUUGCUGAUAUUAGCACUCGUCUGUUUCUUCACAGUCACAGGGGGUCUCUCAGCUGUGAUGUACACAGAUACAGUGCAAGUUUUCAUUAUGAUUUUUGGUGGACUCAUCUUAAUGGUCAAGAGUUACAAACAAAUCGGGAGUUUUGAAGAGCUGAAAGUGAGGUAUUUUCAGGCCGUUCCCAACGACACCCUUCAUAGGCCGAAUUAUUCUUGCGGAUAUCCGAAUCCGCACGCAUUCCAAAUGCUCCGGAGUGCCGAUCCGUACAAUUCGGAUUUUCCUUGGAUAGGAUUUCUCCUUGGGCAGACAACCGCGUCAAUAACUUACUUUUGCGCCGAACAGGUCAUGGUCCAGCGGACAUUAGCAGCGAAGAGCCUGUCUCACGCCCAAGGUGGAUGCGUCUUCGCUGGAUAUGCCAAGAUCCUGCCACUUUUCAUGAUUGUCAUCCCAGGAAUGGUCGCUAGAAUCCUCUUCACAGAUUUGGUGGCAUGUGCAUCGCCCGAGGCCUGUCUGGCAGCCUGCGGCAAUGAGAAAGGGUGUGCCAACUACGCCUUUCCUUCCCUGGUAUUGAACCUCUUACCUUCAGGCUACCGUGGGGUGAUGUUAGCUGUGAUGUUAUCGGCUGUUGUGAGUAGCUUGACAUCAUUCUUUAACAGCGUCAGUACUCUGUUUACAGUGGAUGUAUGGUCUUUCUUCCGAAUCAAAUUCUCGAAGAAAGUCCCUUCAGUUCGGGAGAUGAUGAUUGUUGGCAGGGUAUGUGUAGUGGUUAUCACUGCCCUGAGUAUCUUGUGGAUUCCAGCUAUUGAGUUACUUCAAGGAGGAGAUGGUUUGUUACGUUACUUUGUUCAGAUCAAGGGUCGCAUUACUCCAGCUGUGUGUGCCGUCUAUCUCCUGGCAUUGCUCUGGCCUCGAGCUAAUGAACAGGGAGCAUUUUGGGGACUGAUGAGCGGAGCCAUCACCGGGUUUAUCCGAUUAGCGUUCGACUUCAUCUGGCCGGAACCAGUUUGCUGGGAAGAGGACACCCGGCCAAAGGUGAUCCGAAUACACUACUUCUAUUUCAACCUGAUUCUCUUCUCCGUUGUGCUACUGGUUGACAUCGUCGUCAGUCUCCUCACCGAACCACCCCCGAAAGAAAUGUUAAUUCGUACUACAUUCCGCACCCGGUUCAGUAAGCAGAAGAGAAAGGAUGAAGACGACGACGAUGACCACGAUGAAGCCGAUGAAGCAGGGAUGAUGAUGAUGGGAUCAGCCGAAAACGCCAAACCAGACAAUCAUGCUUCCGACAUCCGCACUGUGGGGCAGCGACGGAUGAAUGGCUGCAACCGUCUUGUUGGAUGGUUCUGUGGCUAUGGAAUGGAGAGUACAGAGAGUCAGCGAAAAGCGCGGGAAGAAGAGAGGAGAAUCCGCCAUAUCAAGUCAAUCGAGCAGGAUCCGCGCGCCAAGAUCUUCAUCUAUCUCAAUAUGGUCAUUCUCAUAGGAUUGUCUGUAUUUUUGUAUGUAUUCUUUUCUGUCGACUGGAUCUAGGUUCUUAUUGGUGUUCAGGAUAGUCAAGGAGUCGUAAAUCAUACCUGUUUUAUGUAGGCCUCUUAUAAAAACUUGUAAACGUAUCUAUAAGCGUAUUGGACCUCUGUGAAGAAAGGAGCCAUUAUAUAAAAAGGAUAUGAAUAGAGUGAUCCAUCCGUAUCUUUGAAAGUUCAUGUUAAUAUUCAGCUACCUUUCAUUUGUAUAGACUGUACAUUAUUUUGUAAAC